AUGGACACCAGCCGCGUGCAGCCCAUCAAGCUAGUUUGGGUCACCAAAGUUCUGGGCCAGAUAGGUUCUCAGGGCCAGUGCACCCAGGUGCGCAUGGAGUUCAUGGACUACACGAGCCGCUCCAUCAUCCACAACGUGAAAGGCCCCAUGCGGAAGGGAGAUGUGCUUACCCUGCUCAAGUCGGAAGGAGAGACCCGGAGGCUGUGGUGA